CUUCUAAGAGAAGUGGAGGAAGCGACAUUGGACACACUGGCACAAUGACUCAUUUGCAGGCAGGUCUGUCCCCAGAGACCCUGGAGAAAGCCCGGCUGGAAUUGAAUGAGAACCCAGACACCCUGCAUCAGGACAUCCAGGAGGUACGGGACAUGGUGAUCACCAGGCCAGACAUUGGCUUCCUCCGCACAGAUGACGCCUUCAUUCUUCGCUUCCUUCGAGCCAGAAAGUUCCACCAUUUUGAAGCAUUUCGCUUGUUGGCCCAAUAUUUUGAGUAUCGGCAGCAGAACUUGGAUAUGUUCAAGAGCUUCAAAGCCACUGACCCAGGCAUCAAGCAGGCAUUAAAAGACGGCUUCCCAGGAGGGCUGGCCAACCUUGACCAUUAUGGCAGGAAGAUCCUGGUGCUCUUUGCUGCCAACUGGGACCAAAGCAGAUAUACAUUGGUGGAUAUUUUACGUGCCAUACUUCUUUCAUUAGAAGCCAUGAUUGAGGAUCCAGAGCUUCAAGUGAAUGGAUUUGUUUUAAUUAUAGACUGGAGCAAUUUCACUUUCAAGCAGGCUUCUAAACUGACACCAAGUAUGCUUCGAUUAGCCAUAGAAGGUCUUCAGGACAGUUUUCCAGCUCGCUUCGGAGGAAUUCAUUUUGUUAAUCAGCCAUGGUACAUCCAUGCCCUCUACACAGUUAUACGGCCUUUUCUAAAGGAAAAGACAAGGAAAAGGAUAUUUCUCCAUGGGAAUAACCUCAACAGCCUGCACCAGCUGAUCCAUCCUGAGAUUCUGCCUUCUGAAUUUGGAGGGAUGCUGCCCCCCUAUGACAUGGGAACGUGGGCAAGAACACUACUAGAUCAUGAAUACGAUGAUGACAGCGAAUACAGUGUGGAUUCCUACAAUACUUCUGUAAAAGAAGUAGAAAAGGAUCUGUCUCCCAAAUCCAUGAAAAGGUCUCAGUCAGUUGUGGAUCCAGGAGUGUUAAAGCGCAUGGAUAAAAAUGAGGAAGAAAACAUGCAGCCUUUGCUUUCACUUGACUAACAAUGACUGAGCAUGGAACAUGAAUUGGGGAGGAAGGUAUUGCCUUUCAGCAACAAGGGAACCAUUGGGAGAGAAUUUACCAGCUGGAAUCUUAUUUUUCAUGUUAAUGUAGCAUAAUGUAAUGAGGCAGCAGGUUUUGCCAGUCAGCCUGGAACAUGGGUGCCCUGGGCUGGAAAACAGGGUGGAAAAAAUGAAAAAGAGAAAAUAUCAAUAAUAUAUUCUGUAAGUGCCAACCUGUAUGUAAACAGCGUCUUCUCCUCCUCCUUUCUGCAUUUAUAAUUAAUGAUAGGGACAUAGUACUGGAAAACUGAGAGAGUGACUAUUAAAAUAUGCCAGUUGAUUGCACUGUAAAAGGACAAGAACACUCAGACAAAAAAGAUCAGACCUAAGUAAAUGUCAUCCUUUUUAUACAAAGCCAUAUUAUAGCUUUCAUAUGGACUAUGUUGUUUUCUUUCUACAGUUCUCAUUUAAGAAGGGAAUAUAGGCUCCUGUAGACAUCGUUGUAACUGGUGUGUUAUUUCCUGUCUAUAAGAUUGUAUUUGGCAUGAUAAUGCUGUGAUUCAUUGCUGAUAUUAGGACAUGAUUUGAAUUGUAAGGGUGGAAAG